AUGGCGCGACGGUACGAGAUCGAUGAGCUGAUAUGGCUCCGUGGCUCGCCCCUUGUCGCAAAGCCUUCUGGCCUACCUCCUAUUGAAGAGUGGAUGCCUCAACCUGAUUCAACAACCACACAACGCAAAACCCAUGGCACUCGUGAUGCCAACAAUCCGGCUGAGCCUACUGCCACAAACAGAAGGCCUAGCUUUUUUGAACCCAAACACAUCUCUCGGGGGUCCAAUUCUGAGGACAUUGUACUCGGCCCCCCGAAAACGGCCUUCGCUUCAUCCCGCAUUGGUGGCAAAGGCUCGUUCGAUCCGACAGACCGACCAGCGGCGCGGCCCAACGACUUGGAUGAAACAAAGAAUGAACGACUCAAUUUCAGAGAUAAGUUUUUCAAGGACCGCGAUGCUCCGGAGAAAGAGUUAGAUCGACGGGAGGCCAAGCCAGGACCACUAGCUGCCCGGCGUGGAGAGAGAGAAGACUGGAAUUCCGGGCGCCCACGUCGCACCUUCGGCCCGGAUGAACAGGAGCGCAAGCCCAGACGAAACGGCGAGUUUGACCGAUGGGAAAACAAAGAAGGAGCCCGCGAUCCUAUUGCUGAACGUGCGCCCCGUGAGAAAGAUGGCCGAUUUACCAAUCGGAAAGAAGGACAACCCCCACGAUCCAAAUAUGAAGGAAGCUGGUUCCGCGAGGAACAUUCCCAAGAGGCCGCUGAUGCUGAUGAAGAUAAAACGCCUUUGCGCAACCGAGAAUGGCGCCAAAAUCUGACCCGAAACGGCAACGAACGUGAGUGGAACCGCGGCGCCAAAUUUGAACAAGAACCUGAAUGGCUUGAUGCCAACGACCGAGACGAGCCACGACGAGCACAUACUCAGGAGGACUUUGAGCGGUGGAAAGAGCGUAUGAAGGCUGGAUCUGGAUCAUCUACACAACCCGAGGCACAUGUGGAGGAGAAGAAAGAAGCACACAUUGAAGAGCAAAAGCCGGAAACUCGCCGUACUGAUGGUGAAAUCUUCAGCAAUUCCGGUGCUCAGUUCAUGUCCGACGAAUCGAUGGAACGAUUCUUCGGGCUCUUGGGUGAUUCAAAGGCUCAGCCACAGACUCCAGAAGUCAGCACUCCCAUCGCUGCCGAUCCAGUCGCCAAAAAAGAACCUUCCCCCUUUCCCGGAAAGUCUGGAAAGUCAUCUCGUUUUGCAGGUCUCUUCAGCCCCAUGCCAGAGAGCCCUGCCAGAGAGCCCGAGCCGAUGCCUUACUUCAGUGCCCCGCCCCAACAUCAACCUUAUCAACAGGCCCAGCCGGCGCCUGAAAGUAUGCCUUUCCCAUCCCACAAUGCGGACCAAGAAGGCUUUCAACGCAUUCUGCAGAUGCUUGGUGGGCAACGUUCGGAGAAUUCUACGCCCCACGAGGUGGGUUUGCCUCAGCAGCAACGGAACAUUCCCAUGAUGCACUCCGAGCAGCAACAUACCGCGCUAUCUCUGUCAUCUCCUUCCAGGGAACACCCCCACCGAUCCGAUUACAGGGGCGCUGGUCCCGAGAAUCCUAUGGCCCAAGUUGGCCCCAAGGAUUCCCAGGCACUGGAGAGGGCGCACUUGCUUCGUUUGAUGCAGCAAGUCAGAGUCGGUCCACCACCGGCGGGUCAUUUACCACAGCAGUCUCCCAAUCCGGGUAUUGCCCCUCCUCCAGGUUUGAUGCCAGAAGGCAUGCCACGUCCUCCACCAGGGCUUUCUACUCAAAAGGCGCCCACUUUCCUUGAUGACCCUGCAAUUGCGAACAUGCAGCGACCAGAUAGCGAGCACCUCCGCCGGCGACCUGCAAAUGGUCCGCCUAUGGGAUUCUUUGACGAUAUGCCGUUCCCUCAAGGUAAUCAAGGCCCUAUGACCCCGGGUGGUCAUAUUACCCCUGGUGGCUCGCGCCCUCAAGGCGCAAAUCAACCUCCUAUGCUGCUUCAGCGACCCCCGGGUCUUGAGCAUCUGCCACCCCCUGGAUGGACUGGCCAGCCUGUCCCGCAGCAAGGAAAUGUACCAAGCCCUAUGGGCCCUCCUGGAAUAUCCACACCGGGCCGCAGCGUGAACCCUAACUUCCCUCCUGGCAUGCUUCCUAUGCCCGGCAACCCGCUUCCAAUGAAUGAACGUCAAGGCUUUCCUCGCGGUCUGCCUCCAGGCAUGAUGCCACCUCCGGGUUAUAUGAACGGCCCUCCUCCUGGCUUCCCUCCCAUGCCGCCAAACCCUGAGGCCCUGAUGGGACUUGGUCCCGGUGCCCAGGUUCCCUUUGGACCUGGUAAUCAUGGCCCUCAGGGUCCUCCUCCCUCGUCUAGACACCUUCUGGAGAUGUUCGGCCAGGUCAAUGGCGGUGACAUCCGUGGUGGCAUGGUCGGCCCCGGCCAGUUCAGAUAA